GCUCAGCAACCAGAGCAGCAGCUUGGCUAGUGAAAGCAGAACAAGCAGCUUCCCUGGGCAUCUUUUUUUCAAACUGCUGCAGGCUUGUACUCUCUCAGCCUGGCUGGAAACAUGGGAGGCUCUCUGUCCUUACUGAUGGAGAGGGUACCACUGUGGGAUGCCACUGAAAGGUGUCAGUGCUCUUCUCAGUAUCUGGGCUUUCUGCAAGUCAUCUAAAGCAAAGCCCUCCUGAAAUGCUCUCCUAAAGAGUCUUGACCUGGGAUUUAUACUGUUUUUGCCUCUCCCUCGUGGGUCUCAGCUAUUGCUAAACAGCUCUGUUUCUUUUUGCUCCCAGUCUGGUUAACUUUCCUGUGCAAGGGUUUUAACUAUUAACUUCUGCCUGGAUAUUGCCAACUGGACUUAGCUUAUCUUUUUUCAGUCCCUUUCCUGCUUUGGAUUUGCUUUCAUUCCAGAUCCAGACCCUGCCUGAGUGCUGGUUUUGGGGUUGCUUAGAAAAGGUUGCUUCCCUUCACAAGAACUAUGCAUUUGUGUAACCAAGGCUUGUGAAUAAUAAGAAAAUGUGGCUUGACCCUACUGUUUGAGGCUUUGUUGGAAGACCUGGUUAUUUGAUUGUCUUUUGCGAAGUGAGCCCUUUUCAUCUUCUGUUUUUUUUUUUUAAGGUUCAAGCCACCUGCCAGUUUUUGUGAUCAUUCAUUUCUGGACAACUGGGAAAUAAGUAAAUAAAACCUGCAACCUGCUUUUCAUUUUCCCUUUCCCACCUGUCCAUCCCAAUCUCUGUAAAUGUUAGGAAACCCUUGGGGGAGCGGGUACAGGAGCCUUAUUGAAACCUUGGAUGUAAGUGUGAGUUCUACCACAACUUGUGGUUGGCUUGUUUAAUAUCAUGGCCUUGAGUGGAAAUUGCAGGACUUACCUUCCUCCCAGAGAACAAGCGACAGCUGCACAUUCUUUCCCAGAGGUGAUAGAGCUGAAUGUGGGUGGCCAGGUUUACUUCACUCGCCACUCAACUUUAACAGGCAUUCCCCACUCCCUGCUUUGGAAAAUGUUCACCUCCAAGAGAGAGACGGCCAAUGAUCUAGCAAAAGAUUCCAAGGGAAGGAUAUUCAUUGACAGAGAUGGUUUCCUAUUCCGCUACAUUCUGGACUAUCUCAGGGACAAGCAAGUGGUCCUGCCUGACCAUUUUCCAGAAAGAGGAAGGCUCAAGAGGGAAGCCGAGUACUUUCAGUUACCGGACUUGGUCAAACUUUUGACUCCUGAUGAGAUCAAGCAAAGCCCUGAUGAUUAUUGCCAUAGUGAUUAUGAGGAGGUUUCCCAAAGCAGUGACACAAGAAUAUGUGCCCCGUCAUCUCUCAUGCCUUCGGAUCGAAAGUGGGGCUUCAUUACCAUUGGCUACAGGGGGUCGUGCACUAUGGGCCGGGAGACCCAAGCAGAUGCGAAGUUCAGGAGAGUCCCACGGAUUUUGGUUUGUGGCAGGAUUGCUCUGGUCAAAGAAGUUUUUGGAGAAAGUUUGAAUGAGAGCAGAGACCCAGACCGGGCUCCCGACAGAUACACCUCCAGGUUCUACCUAAAGUUCAGGCACCUGGAGCGGGCUUUUGAUAUGUUGUCAGAAUGUGGAUUCCACAUGGUAGCCUGUAAUUCCUCAGUCGCGGCUUCUUUUGUCAAUCAGUACACUGAUGACAAAGUUUGGUCCAGCUACACGGAAUACGUCUUUUAUCGUGAGCCUUCAAGAUGGUCUUCAUCGCACUGUGACUGCUGCUGCAAAAAUGGCAAAGGUGACAAAGGAGGAGAAAGUGGCACAUCCUGCAAUGAACUCUCCACCUCAAGCUGUGACAGCCAAUCAGAAGCCAGCUCCCCUCAAGAGACUGUCAUCUGUGGCCCAGUCACCCGCCAGUCUACUAUACAGACUCUAGAUCGACCAGUCAAGAAAGGCCCAGUGCAGCUACUUCAGCAGUCCGAAAUCCGGAGGAAAAGUGACCUGCUCCGAACUCUAACUUCCGGCUCUAGGGAAUCCAACUCCAGUAAAAAAAAAUCAGUGAAAGAAAAGCUCUCAAUUGAGGAAGAAUUAGAAAAAUGCAUCCAGGAUUUCCUCAAAAUCAAAAUCCCAGACAGGUUUCCAGAAAGGAAACACCCUUGGCAAUCUGAACUGUUGCGAAAGUAUCAUCUAUAGGAGUGGGGCUGGGGCGAUGAAAAUCACCUUCUUGCAAUUUACAGAGAUGCUACAUUAUCAAGAAAUAAAAUAAUAAUAAUAAUUUGUUAGGACACAAAUAAAAACAAGCCCACAAUCCAUCGCUAUAGUACUGCCUAAUUUGCCUGUUUCACCAAAGCAUUCCUAGUUACACUAUAACAAAUAAUAUUCUCCCCCUGUGAUUGGAGGAUUAAUAAUGCAUUCAUUUGUUAACCUCCUGAUGUAAGCCAAAUGUUUGAAGUGCCACAUGCACAAUGACAUCUACAGCUAAAGAGGCAUGUGCAGUAUGAUUGUGGCAUCACCAGUGACAAAAUCUCAUAUGAUUGGGCAGAGUUUAUGGUGGGUGGUGAUUUUCUAAGCUGCAUGCCUUCUUGAGUUCACCUUUAAUGUUCUUUAUUUAGCAGGAGAAGCUGGGAUAGGCAGAUGUCAAUGAUCUUGAGUGAAAGAAAUGGCGUCUUGCCCAGUUAUACUAG